AUGAAUCUUUCAACAUCUGGUUUUGGUCAUCAGAGCCAUGAAGGAGAAAAGAAGUGUUUAAAUUCCGAGCUAUGGCAUGCUUGUGCUGGACCAUUAGUCUCUCUUCCAUCAUCUGGAAGUCGUGUUGUCUAUUUCCCACAAGGUCACAGUGAACAGGUUGCUGCUACUACUAAUAAGGAAGUUGAAGGUCACAUACCAAAUUAUCCAAGUCUACCACCACAACUAAUAUGUCAGCUCCAUAAUGUUACAAUGCAUGCAGAUGUGGAGACAGAUGAGGUGUAUGCUCAAAUGGUACUUCAACCAUUGACGCAGGAGGAGCAGAAGGAUACAUUUGUACCAAUAGAGUUGGGAAUCCCGAGUAAGCAACCGAGCAAUUACUUCUGCAAGACUUUGACAGCUAGUGAUACUAGUACACAUGGAGGGUUCUCUGUUCCUAGACGUGCUGCUGAGAAAGUUUUUCCUCCAUUGGAUUACACACAGCAGCCACCAGCUCAAGAGUUGAUUGCAAGGGAUCUCCAUGAUAAUGAAUGGAAGUUUAGGCAUAUCUUUAGGGGACAGCCCAAACGGCAUCUGCUUACAACUGGAUGGAGUGUCUUUGUCAGUGCCAAGCGACUUGUAACUGGAGAUUCUGUCAUUUUCAUCAGGAAUGAAAGGAACCAACUCCUUCUGGGAAUUCGUCAUGCAAAUAGACCACAGACUAUUGUACCAUCGUCUAUGUUGUCUAGUGAUAGCAUGCAUAUUGGACUUCUCGCUGCCGCUGCACAUGCUUCUGCUACUAAUAGCUGUUUUACAGUUUUUUAUCAUCCAAGGUCUAGCUCAUCUGAGUUUGUGCUACCACUUCCCAAGUACAUUAAAGCUGUUUUCCACACUCGUAUAUCUGUUGGGAUGCGCUUUCGUAUGCUCUUUGAGACUGAAGAGUCUAGCGUUCGAAGGUACAUGGGUACUAUUACUGGCAUUGGUGAUCUGGAUUCUGUUCGUUGGCCAAACUCUCAUUGGCGGUCUGUGAAGGUUGGUUGGGAUGAAUCGACCGCUGGAGAGAGACAAGCAAGGGCUUCUCUAUGGGAGAUUGAGCCUCUUACCACUUUUCCUAUGUAUCCUUCACUGUUUCCUCUCAGGCUAAAGCGUCCUUGGCAUCCAGGCGCGUCGUCAUUCAACGAUAGCAGAGUUGAGAUAGCAAGUGGCCUAACAUGGCUUAGAGGUGGAGCUGGAGAGAAUGGUUUGCUUCCAUUAAACUAUCCGUCUGCUAGUUUAUUCCCAUGGAUGCAACCGAGGCUGGAUCAUAGUCUACUAGGAACUGAUCAGAACCAGCAGUACCAAGCAAUGUUAGCAGCCGGUUACGGAGGUGGUGGAGAUCCUCUAAGACAGCAGUUUGUGCAGCUCCAAGAUCCAAACCACCACCAGUAUCUUCAACAAUCAUCUUCUGAUCUGCUCCUUCAGCAACAUCACCAAGGAUCAUCACAGCAACAGCAACAACAACAACAACAACAACAACAACAACAACUCCCACGUCAUCAUCUUAUGCAAGCUCAGACUCAGAUUCUGACUGAGAAUCUCCCUCAGCAGAACAUGCGCCAAGAAGUUAGUAACCAAGCAGUAUCUGGACAGCCACAGCAACCAGACCGCGUGUGGCAGCAUUCCGAUUUGCUCUCUCCUUCCUUCAUGAAAUCAGAUUUCACAGACUUAAACAACAAGUUCACAUCAACAGCUAAUCCAGCACAGCAGCAAAACUCAACACUCCAAGGCUCUGGAGAUGGUAGCAAUCUCUUGAACUUCGCUAUAACUGGUCAGUCCGUACAGGCUGAGACAUUACCACCAACACAGGUUUGGUCUCUUAAGCACUCUCAUCCCGAAUCCAACGAGUUCUCCGAGCCGUUGUCUCUUCGACAAGCCUACGGUGGAGGAACAAGUCCUUCUCUGGAACCUCCAAGCUCCCAAAACCUCUCUCUUUUCGGCGUUGAUUCGGACUCCGGGCUUUUCCUCCCUACCACGGUUCCUCGUUUUAGUGCUCUAUCAGGUGCUGCUGAUGCUGACACCUCCUCAAUGCCACUACCGGAUUCCGGAUUUCAGAACACUUUAUACGGUUCCGUGCAAGACACUCCCGAGUUAUUGCAUGGAGCUGGACAGACAAAGAACUUUGUGAAGGUUUAUAAGUCAGGUUCGGUGGGGCGUUCGCUCGACAUCUCUCGGUUCAGUAGCUAUCAUGAGCUGAGAGAAGAGUUGGGCAAAAUGUUUGAUAUCAAAGGGUUGUUGGAAGACGCCUUUAGAUCAGGCUGGCAGCUUGUAUUCGUGGACAAGGAGGAUGAUAUACUUCUUCUCGGCGAUGAUCCUUGGGAGUCGUUUGUGAAUAGCGUUUGGUAUAUAAAGAUACUAUCGCCGGAUGAUGUGCAGAAAAUGGGCGAAGGCAGCAACGGUUCCUUCUCACAGAACCUCACCCAUUUCUAG